UAUUCGGGCACGUAACUGCCACAACAGUAUAAAAAAGAAACCGAAAUUAUUGUUGUUUCAGCAUAGAGUUUUGGAUGAAGAAACGAGAGAGCUUUCGUUUCUGUUAGUUAAAGAAGAAUCAGAGUUAACCCACUGAGUUUAUAAAAGGGUAGGAUUUAGAUGGUUCAGUCAAUGAGUUCCUUAAGCAGAAAAGCAUCAGUGAAGCUGGAAGCUGAUGAUUCCUUGGAGGAUCAACUCAGUCCACUUCACAAACGUUCAAAACUUGAUCAUUGUUUACAGGUGAUAAUCCCAGAUGCAGUACUGUAUAAUCCACUUGAAGAGCCAAGUCCAAUUGGCUUGACACUGAAAAAGAGUCCAUCUUUUUUGGAUUUGAUUCAAAUGAAGUUAUCUCAGCAAAACACUAGUAAUACUAUGUUGUCGAAGAAACCUAGUAGUGCUGCUGCUGAUAAGCUUAAAGCUUCAAACUUUACUGCUUCACUUCUAAAAAUAGGGAGUUGGGAGUGUAAGUCAAGAUACGAAGGGGAUUUGGUGGCAAAGUGUUAUUUUGCCAAGCAUAAACUUGUUUGGGAAGUGCUUGAUGGUGGUCUUAAGAAUAAGAUUGAAAUUCAGUGGUCAGAUAUUGUGGCUAUCAAGGCAAAUUUUCCUGAUGAUGGACCAGAAACCUUGGAUGUAGUGGGUUGUACGUGUUUGGCGCAGCUGGCUAGACAACCCCUUUUCUUUAGAGAGACAAAUCCACAGCCUAGGAAGCAUACUUUGUGGCAGGCAACAUCAGAUUUUACUGGUGGACAAGCUAGCAUACACAGGCGGCAUUUUCUCCAGUUCCAGCAAGGCUUCAUGGGCAAGCAUUAUGAAAAACUUAUUCAAUGUGAUCCUCGUCUCAGCUUUCUUAGUCAACAACUAGAAAUUAUAUUAGAAUCUCCAUAUUUUGCUCAAAGAGUUUCUGCAUUCAGUGACUUGCAUGAAUCUGGCAAGGGGCUUGAUUCAGAAGUUGAGGAUAGAACAGCUGUUUUUGCUCUGCAGGAAGCAGGGCCACCAUCUGGAGUUCUUUCAUCUUCCUUGAAUAAUGAAUGCCAUGGUUUAACGUGUCAGUCUUCUGAAAAUAUUUCCCAACAAACUUCUUCAACUACCUUAGUAAUGGAAACCCAUGCAUUUGAAGAAACCAGGAGCAACAGAACAGGAGAACAGCAGUUGCCAAGCAAUUGUGAUCAAAUUAAAGUGCCCGGACUUCAUCCAUCCAUUUCAAUGAGCGACCUUGUGAACCACAUUGGACAUAGCAUUUCAGAACAGAUGACCUCUGGAAAUUCUAUCCUCUCUGGUGGUGACAUAAAGAGCAGCGACAUUCUAGAUGAAAUUACUCAAUACUUGCUUGGAGACUCUCAAGUUAUGUCAGCCUCGGAUGAGCAAUCCGUUGUGUCAACAGUCAAUUCUCUUUGCUGCCUACUGCAGAAGGAUCCUGCAACAGCUCGGGACUUGCAGGCAAAGAGUCUGAGCGAUCUUGAUGUGGAUCAUGAUAGGAGAAUAAACAAAACUAAUUCCACUGCAUCUGCGUGUCAAAGCAAAUUUAUAGAGGGUUUUCCCGCACCUGAGGGAGAGGCCAGUAAUGUUUCCAUUUGCAAGCAGGCACCAGCCAUGUCAAGGAAGGACUCGGUUGGAGAGCUACUUCUUAAUCUUCCAACUUGGUGUUUGUAGGGGAUCACAACCUUUUGUAGCCCUAAUAGUGCACGUGGAAUGUGGUGUUGGCAGCGUUUUCAACCGUAGAGCACUUUCUAUGCAACCUUGUCCAAGGGGCACAUCAAUCAGGAUAACAAUUUCUUGCUCAUUUUUCUAGGACUCUGAGAAAAAACAUCUUUGAUGGCGGCUAUAGUGGCAGCAUGCCAUUUACUGGAAACCAGGAGAUAAAAAUAUGCCACAUGAAAACACACAGAGCGCAAGCCAAAAUGGGCAGGACAGGAUUUACUGUCAAAGUAACCAGCGACAGAUGAAUCAGAAUUGCGAGCGCAACAAAAGGGCAGAAGAAUUGCUAGCCACAUAAUUGAUCUCAAAAUUGUUAGCCACGAGACAUCAACACAUGAACAAAUUACCAGAGGCCUGUAUGCAUUUACAAGAUAGGAAGGAGACACGACUACAAACAGCAACAAGCGUGCACAAGGUGCGCCCAUUUCAACAGAUACAGUAACAUGACCUCCAACAAAUAUUUGGACAAAACCGCGUGUAUGUUCAUAAGUUGGAGUUGGAGAUGUUCUAGACACCGUGCAUCUUCUUCCAACUGCUCAUUUAGGCCAUCAAUUUCUCGGUCCUGCAAGAAUCAUCCAAUGCUAGUUCAAUCUGCACAUGCUGCUGUGUAAGCGAUGCAUAAGAGGUUGGGUUUAUGAAGCCAAUACCUUUCUGUUCAUUUCCUGCACGGCAAUCCUCCUCAUGCUCUCAACAACAUCUACAUUAACAAGCUUUCGCUUCUUUCCAAUUAGCCAGCCCUUGGGAUAGCUUGCAGCAUCAAAAUCUGGAGGAGGGAGUAGGGAUUCUGCAGAUGAUCUCUUGCCAUUGAUAUUUGUUACAGGUUCCAACGGUUCAAAGAGGGCCUUUCGACGUUCAGAAAGCUCUGGAGUUAGAUUUUGGUCCUGCAUCUUUUCAUCAUUGGAAGAUUCCUCCUGUUUGUUGGGUGUUUCAUUAACAUUGUCCUCAGUUACCUUGUCUAAAUUCCUCCCGCUAGCUGUUGGAAAGAAGUUACCAUUCUAGUUCCAAA